UCCCCAGCAGAGGCGGUCCCCAGGCACCUCAGUGUCCCUAAAGUGCUUCAAUUGCACAGUCCCAGAGAGCUAAAAUGCUUCACAUUAGGUUUAAACUCGAGUUUAAUUGGACUGUAGGGUGGAGAGCUUGUCUGGGUAUCACCGCUCUUUUGUGCUCCAGGGGCAGAUCCCAAAUCCCGGGGAGAUUCAGGAGAGGGGCUGGGUGGCUCCGUGCCGGCACCCUGGAGGAGUGCUCCUGUGCUGGGAGCUGCUGGAGGGAACUGGAGCACGGAGGAUGCUCCUUCUGGGGAUGCUCCUGCUGGGUUCUGCCGUCGUGUCCCAGUCCAUGUCCUAUAAACACCGGGCUCACCCCCAAGACCCCCCUCACGUGUAGUUAGCUGCAUCUUGGGCUGCUGCUGGCCACUAAUUAGGAGAAACUCGUCAGGCACAGGCUGUAAUGGAGUUCCGCCGAGGCUCUCACAGGACCGUGACGACCAGGGGGGAAUUUCCAUGCGGGCAGCAGGGUUUCCAUGCGAGCAGCGGGGUUUCCAUGCGGGCAGCAGGGUUUCCAUGCGGGCAGCAGGGUUUCCAUGCAGGCAGCAGCAUUUCCAUGCGGAUGCUGGAUCCAGAUGCAAAAGGAUUUCCUCUGGAGCAGGAAAAACCUUUCUUUAACUUUGUUUAGCAUCAUCUGCUCCUUGCAUGAAUGGUGUGACUCCACUGCUGAGGUCUCCCGGGGUGAUGAAGAGGAGCGGGAUGCACUGGUGGCUUGUCACCGUCCUGGGGGUGCUGAGCGGGCCCGCGCAGGGGCCCGGGAGCUGCAGUGCCCCGGGGCGGGGGACAGCGGGAUGCCGGCCCGGAGAGGAGCCCACCGGGGAUGCAGCGGGGCCGUGCCGAGCGUGUCCCCCCGGCACCUUCUCGCCGGGGGACGCGCCCUGCGCCGCGCACACGCAGUGCCGGGCCGGGAACAGGGCGCUGCUGGCGGCGGGGACGGCGGCCAGCGACAGCCGCUGCGGAGCCUGCCUGCCGGGGUUUCACAGCCCCGGAGGGGAGAGCGAGCCCCGGGGCCGGUGCCUGCCUUGCGCCGCUGCCCCCCGCAGCACCCCGGGGUGCCCAGGCCGGCGGCGAGCCCGCAGCCCCGGAAUGGCGGGUCGGGCACUGGGAACCAACGGGACGCGGGUGACCCUGCUGGGUGAGGAAGAGGAGGAGGAGGCAGCAGCAGCACAGGCAGCCGUGCUGACCAUCGUCCCGGUCUUCUGUGCCAUGGGAUUGUUGGGAAUCCUGGUCUGCAACCUGCUGAAGAAGAGGGGUUAUCACUGCACCGCUAGCAAGGAGCCCCAGCCCGGCGGCACUGGUCCCAGCUCUGUCUACCAGCUGGAGGAUGCCAACGAGGACACCAUCGGGGUGCUGGUGCGGCUGAUCACCGAGAAGAAAGAGAAUGCAGCGGCGCUGGAGGAGCUGCUGAAGGAGCAUCAGAGACAGCAGCUGAUGCCACCGAGCUGUGCCCCCCUCAAUAAGCUGCACCUCUUGCCUCAAUUUAGCCCCGCCUGCCACCACCAGCAGCACCUGCACACGGUGCAGGGGCCGGCCCCAUGUGCCCGCUGCAGCCAGAAGUGGCCCGAGGUGCUGCCGCCGCUCGGUGCCACCAAACCCGGAGCUCACCCCAGCGAGGUGACCAUCCUGUCCAUCGGCAGGUUCCGGGUGUCCCGGAUCCCCGAGAUGAGGAGCGAGGCGGCGGGGGAGCCCCUCCGCGGGCCCCUCCCCGCUGGCAGCGGGAUGUCACCCCUGUGAUGGAACAGCACCCACGAGCAGGCACCUGGCCUGGGGGCUGCCUCAGGGCUCCGUGACACCCACAAAGACCCCGUGGAGGGGUGCAGGACACUGGGCAUUGUGUGAAAGCCGGUCCCGCUCACAGCUGCCAAGUGCUGGAGGUGGCAGCCCAGCCUCUGCUCCUGCCACCAAGGUGUCCAACAGCAGCAUGGCAAAGCCAGCGUCUCGCUCGGCUGGUGAGAAGGAUUCUCUGUCCCUGAGGCCUGGCGGUGGCCACGGCGUGGUGGCCUGAUGGACAGGAACUCCAGGAGCUGCGAUGCCGGUGGUGGUGGCCACAGGAAUCAUCUCUGGGAACCACGCUGCCACAACACGGCUCCGCUGGAAGCACAGAGGACACUGGAUGCCAUUUCAUGGUCACCCUUGGGUCUGUUGAACUCUCCAGGACCAUCAUGAACUCCUGAUUUCCCUCCAUCACCUGGUGCCAGCGCUCAGCAUCGCAGGAGAAUGAAUCACUGAUCACGGAAUGACUCCUCCCUUCCCAACAACCCAGCUGGGGCAUGGAUUGCUCUGAGCAAAGCUGGUCUCCUGCAUCCACCCAUCCAUGCUCUCUCCAAAGCCUCACUUCAGGAGCACACAGCGGUGAUGCUCACCAUGAAGAUCACACAUUUCACUUGCCAUAGGAAUUGCUCCUAUGGGAGCACGCUGGCUUGGCCAUGUUGGGAUCACUGGGAUAACCCACCUAAGGUUGGGUUGGAGACCAUCAACCUCAACCACCAACCCUAAAAAAGGGUUUGUGGCUGGUCCCAUUCACCUCUCCACAACAUCACCGUGCCAAAAAACCAACCACCAAACCCCCUCGGGCUCUUUUAUUUAUUUAUUUAAUUUUUUUUUUGGAAACAUUUUAAUAGUUAUCGAAUGUUCUACAUCUUACAGUAAAUAUCGUACAGUUACAAACUCUUGGCUGAAAUCUGUCAGGGAGAUCACGACCUGAUCUUCAGAACCAAAACCAGAACAGAAAACAAAUGGGAAAAUAACCCCAAAUUUACACUUCAGAUGGACAAACUGAGGCUGUGGGGCUCUCCAGGGCAUCAGUCCAAGGCCAUGUUCCCUAUGCACCUGUGAGAUGUAGACUUGGAAGACGUGGUUACUCUUGGGUUUAAAUUUGUUUUGUUGUUGUUCUUUCAGGGAAUUUUUUUUUGGUAUUUAUUUUUAUUUAAGAGAUCCAAUAAUACUUAAAAACCA